GACGCCACCUAUAUCUGACGAUCAGACACAGAUGCCAAUCUCGUCGCUGCAAAAUGCCACUGUCGUGGAACAGGCACUGACGCUGUAUACCCGGCUUGACCACCUCAGCGCUCCUCGUUUCGCGCACCGCAGACUACAAACUGCCUUGCAUUUCAGGCGAAGUCGUGGUCAAGACCAGGAGACAUGUUUCACUUAUUAUGUCAAAGCAAACGGGCUUAAAGACCUGGUGAUCACCACGGAAGCCAGACUGGGUCAAUUCUUGCAGGGAAGGCCCAGCCAGCAGACAUUCAUGCUCGUCCAUCAUUCGCUGUAUGGCUCUCCUGAAGCAUAUGCGCCAGCUGAUUUGGAGGUCGCACGCGCGAGCGUCAAGGUUGAUCGCUCGCCUCGGACAGCGUUUUGGCGCACUUUGCUAGCGCAGCAGCGUGUCGGGGAGUACAAGAGGAUUGCUUCGGAUCACAAUAUCAUCGCGCAAGUCAAGGACGUGACUUCUGUGUCGUGACAUGAUGGACGUCAGGACGCUAGAGAUAUUGUA